AUGAUAAAUGGUGGCCCUCCUAUUGCUGGUCGUGAUCUUUUAGAAAUGUACAAUUUGAAAUUUUCUGAUGUUAAUUUUGUGAGGGUUGAACAUAGAAAUUUGGAUGAAUUGUUGACAAAAUAUAAAAAUUUAUUUGAACCGGGCCUAGGUAAAUUUACUAAAGGUACAGCUUCUAUCAAGUUAAAAGAUAAUGUUACACCUCAUUUCAUAAAAUAUAGACCUGUACCAUAUGCUAUCAAAGAAAAAGUUGAAAUAGAGCUUAAUCGUCUUUUAUCUUUAGGAGUCAUAGAACCUGUGGAUUUCAGCGAUUGGGCAACUCCAGUAGUACCGGUGCUUAAAAAAGGAGGACAGGAAGUAAGAUUGUGUGGGGACUAUAAAGUAACAAUUAAUCCUUGUAUAGAAGUCGAUAAAUACCCAUUGCCUAGAAUUGAAAAUUUGUUAGGAGCCUUGGGCGGUGGUAAGAAAUUCUCAAAGUUAGAUUUAUCGCAGGCAUAUCAACAAAUAUGCGUUGAUGAUGAGUCAAAAGAAUUGUUAACUAUAUCUACUCACAAAGGGUUGUUUAGAUACAAUCGUCUGACAUAUGGUGUAGCAUCAGCACCGGCUAAAUUUCAGAAAAUUAUGGAAUCAUUAUUGUCCGGAAUCGAAGGUGUAGAAAUCUUUUUAGACGAUAUUUUAGUUACCGGUCCUAAUGAUGAAAAACAUUUGAGUAGGUUAGAAAAAGUUUUGAGAAUUUUAAGUGAAGCAGGAUUCAGAUUGUAUAUAGAAAAAUGUGAAUUUUUCAAAGAGCAAAUUGAAUAUUUGGGUUAUGUUAUUGAUGCGGAAGGCCUACAUGCGUGCCAAUCGAAAACGAUUGCAAUUCAAAAUAUUGUAAGACCCAAAAAUGUAUCUGAACUUAAGUCAGCGUUAGGUUUGAUAAAUUAUUAUGGCAAAUUUGUAAAUAAUUUGGCUACAAUUAUAGCUCCAUUAUACUCAUUACUUCAAAAGAAUACAAAAUGGGUAUGGUCGGAACAUUGCGAAAGGGCAUUUGAGGAAAUCAAAAGAUUGGUACAAUCUCCUGAAGUUUUAGUUCCCUUUAAUCCGGAGUUACCUUUGAAAUUGACUGUUGAUGCUUCAUCGGUAGGAAUUGGGGCAAUUUUGAGUCAUGAAUUUCCUUCGGGUAUAGAGAAACCUAUAGCUUAUGCGUCCAGAAGUUUGAGUGUGUGA